GUAAAGUGUAUGCUUGUCGAUGCCGAAGAAAUCGCGUGGUAAUAGAAAUGGAUUGAAGAAAGGGGAAGAUAUAAAGGAGGUAGAUGUGACCGAGCUGGUGGCUCAACUGCAGUCAGAUGGUGCGCGGCGCGAAGGCGAGGCACAUGAUGCAGGAGUCGACAUUGUGCAACCUCCGAGUGAUAGUGUGAAGAGUCGGAAGAAUAGGAAGGAGAAAAGGAAAACCAAUGCUCUCGAGGGAGAAGAACAAAAGCUCACGACUGACGGGGGUGGAGAUGAGAGUGUCUCCGAAUCGAGCUUCGUGAUGGUGGAUGAUGCUGGGGGACUUCAGCUCGUCAGUGAUGAGGAUGACGAGGCGACUGUGGAGGGGCAUGCGGUAGAUGAGGAAGGGACAGGCGUAAAUGAUGGAGUUGAAGAGUCUGUAGAGGAAGGGCCUAAGAAGAUGAGUAAGAGUAAGCAGAGGAGACUACGUCAGAAAGAGAAGGAGAGGCUUCAUGGAGUAUCGAGGCGAGUCAAAGAGAAGGAAGACACCAAACUAGGGCAGGAGGGGUCUCAAGAGCCGUCCGAUGAUAAUGAGCCCCUAGUAUCGGAGUCCGAGGAUGAGAUAGCAGCCUCGGGAGAUACCACUGAGCGGAAGCAGAGAAGAGCACGCCGGGAGCCGCAGCCUUUCACGUGGUCCGACUGCAAAUGGAUGCUCUAUGUCCUUCCGAUAAUUGUGUUGUUGGUGAUGUUGAAGAUGGGAGAAGAGGCAUACCAGGAGAUGGGAGGAUGGUCGCUUGGAGACCAAGAGGAAGACUAUUACCAGGUGCUCAAUGUUGAUCCUAAGGCCAAGCACGGAGAGAUACGGAAUGCGUACAGGAAGUUGGCAAUGAAGUGGCAUCCUGAUAGAAAUCCUAACUGUGAAAGCUGCCUUGCACGCUUCCAGUCUGUGGCGAAGGCCUAUGAGACUUUGGGAGAUCAGAACAAGAGGAAGGUUUAUGAUACUAAUAGAGGUGGUUACGACUCCAUACCAAGCGACUACUCUGCUCGACUCACGAGUGAAAACUAUCAUAGCAUCAUGGACCACUCAGUUGACAUUUGGGUUGUCGAGGUGUAUUCGGACUUGGAUGAAUAUUGUCAUAGUAUAGCGCCAGCCUGGGAUGAGGUCUCCAGUGAUCUCAAGGGGUACAUCAAAUUCGGGAGAAUCAACUCCCAUACUGAUCGGGCGUUGUUCAAGUCAUUGCCGAUAACUCCGAGGACGACCCCGACAAUCUUCCUCUUCAUGCCAGCCCAUCCCGAGAUCCCUCCUAGUUUGAUGCCAAUUGCUGAGAUCAAUCCAAGGACAUUGAAGAGGUGGAUAUUGCACGAGCUGCCAAUAGUGUACCGGACGGUCACGUCUGUGGAAGCGGCGGAGAAGGAAGCAAUGUUGAGCGAUCACCCAAUUAUGGUAGUGUACACGCGAUCAAGUCAUACCACUCCUUUGUUGAAAGCUAUGAUAUACAAGUUUUCUCAUGCAGUGAACUUCUUGGUUGUGAACAGCGAUCAAUUACUACCUCGUCGGAAUGAUAUUGUAGCUAAAUUAUACUGUAGUAAAGGAUACCUUCGCGCGUUGUACGGUAAGCAAGCCUUCACUGAGCAAUGUAUUCACUGUCUCGGCCGCGCCAAAGCCGAAAGUGUGACCGCGAGUUCAGCUUGA